GCCCGGCCCGGAAAGCAGGAGAAAAAAAAAAAAAAAAUUACAAGGUUUCCCCCCCUUUCCCUGAGCUCCUCGCUCCGCGACUCUCGAGUGGAAAAAAUCCCUCCCGGGGCGAAGGGCGGCGGGAGGGGGUGUCUGUAAAAAGCCGGUGAAGGGGCAGAGCCGCCCCGUGGGGAGGGCACCCCCAGGCAGCCCCCGCCCGCCCGGGGACGGGGGGAUGAGGUAGAGGCCGGCGGCGGAGCGCCCGCCGGGGCGCCGUGGCCGCGGAGGGCAUGAGGCGGCGAGCGGCGGGGAUGGGCUCCAGCACCAGAGCGCGGUGUUAGAGCCCCGGCAGCACCCGAGGUCUGAGAGGACAAUAGCCUGUACGAUACAGUGGGAUCUGGUUUUCAAAAUGGAAUUGCAGCUCGCGCUCCUUUUCGCAGGGAUAAUUGCAUUUUCGGACUCGGCGAGAGGCCCCCCAAGGAUUGCCGAUAAAGUGAUUCACCGCCAGUCUGUGAGGCUGGGGAGGACCAUCAAGCUCCUGUGCCCGGUGGAGGGCGACCCCCCACCCCUCACCAUGUGGAUGAAGGAUGGACGGACUAUCCACAGCGGCUGGACAAGGUUCCGGAUCCUUCAGCAAGGGCUGAAAAUCAAGGAGGUGGAGAGCGAAGAUGCGGGAACCUACAUCUGCAAAGCCACCAACGGCUUCGGCAGCACCAACGUGAACUACACCCUCAUCGUCAUUGAUGAUGCCAGCUCAGGAAAGGAUAGCCAGGUACCCGAAGGCUCCAACGGAGAAUAUGAAGAUCACUCUGGGAAGCAGUGGGCCCGGCCCAGGUUCACACAGCCUGCCAAGAUGAGACGGAGGGUGAUCGCCCGUCCUGUCGGCAGCUCCAUCCGCCUCAAGUGCGUGGCCAGCGGGAACCCAAGGCCUGACAUCACGUGGCUGAAGGACAAUAAGCCCCUCACUCCCCAAGAGAUUGGAGAGAACAAGAAGAAGAAGUGGACGUUGAACCUGAAGAACCUAAAGCCAGAGGACAGUGGGAAAUACACCUGCCGGGUGUUUAACAAAGUUGGAGAAAUCAAUGCAACGUACAAAGUUGAAGUGAUCCAGAGGACGAGGUCCAAGCCCAUCCUGACAGGGACACACCCUGUCAACACGACGGUGGACUACGGUGGGACCACGUCCUUCCAGUGCAAAGUCCGCAGCGACGUCAAACCCGUCAUCCAGUGGCUGAAGAGGGUGGAAUAUGGCACAGAGAGCAAGUACAACUCCACCAUCGAUGUCGGGGGGCAGAAGUUCGUUGUGCUGCCCACGGGGGAGGUCUGGUCCCGCCCAGAUGGUUCCUACCUGAACAAACUGAUGAUUACCCGAGCCAAGGAGGAGGAUGCAGGGAUGUACAUUUGCCUGGGGGCAAACACCAUGGGCUACAGCUUCCGCAGCGCUUUUCUUACCGUCCUGCCAGAUCCCAAGCCUCCGAGUGCACCUGUGCCCCCUUCCUCGGCCAGCAGCCUGCCCUGGCCCGUGAUCAUCGGCAUCCCCGCCGGAGCUGUCUUCAUCUUCGGGACGAUCCUCCUGUGGCUUUGCCAGUCCAAGAAGAAACCCUGCUCCCCUCCAGCUGCUGCCCCCGCGCACCGGCCACAGCCCCGGGACAGGAUCUGUGUCUCCCAGGUCCCAGACAAAGACUGCAUCUCCUCCAUAAACUAUGAGGAAUACGUGGCCCAGCAGCAGCACUUGCUGUCCCAAGGGCCUGCGCUCGCCCCAGCCAUGGCGUCCAAAAUGUACCCAAAGAUUUACACGGACAUCCACACCCACACCCACUCGCACGUGGAAGGCAAAGUCCACCAGCACCAGCACAUUCAGUACCAGUGCUAAGAGCUGGCCCUGUACAGUAGCUCGUUUUUGGGCUUUUCCUCGUGGUACCUCAGAAGAGACUGCUCCAAGUCAGCUCUCACUGCCAGCAACAGGCAAAGCAGACAGAAAAGAUUUUAUAUAUAAUUUUAAAUAUAUAUAUAUACAUAUAUAUAUAAUUGUAUAUGCGUGUGUGUAUGUGUGUAUAUAUAUAUGUGUAUAUAUCUAUAUCUAUCUAUAUAAAUAUAUAUAUAAUAGAGAAAGACAGAGAAAAGAGAUUUUUUUUUUUUUUUAAUUAUUGCAAUCAGGAUGUAGCCGAGGAAUAAUGAAGGAUCUCCAAAUCACAGCAGAGAGGCAGCCAUUUCCAACAGCAGAGCCUUCCUGGAUGUUUUAAUCAAGGUGGCAACAAGUGAGGCAGGACACAGGGAUGUGAACCACCACCUCCUUCCUUGUGUUAUUAAGAGGAGCAAGUAGAGCGAGAGAUGUGUGUGGUACUUUUCUGGAUGGGCACUGCUGUUCUUGUGCCAACUGCACAUCACUUGUUUUGGGGGGAAACCCCCAGACCUGUCCUGCUCUGAGUGACUCAGGCACUAAAGUACUUGAGGUUUAGUGCCAAAGCACCAGGAGACAUAACCAAUUCAUCUCGUUGAGGGGGAAGACAUAACACAAGAGGGUCUGGAAAAACUAAUUUCCAUUCGCAAGGGGAAAUGGUGAAUACUUCUCAAUCACAGUCAGCACAACCAGCUAACCAAGCUGGUUGUUUUGAAUUCUGCAAGGUGAAGACAUCCUGUUUCCCAUGGGAUGUUCUGCAGAUCAGUCCACAAGAGCUCCCCUCCCCUGGUCCCAGGACUCAGUGCCACUGCCAGGAAAAAAGAGAGAAGGAAUGAGGAACGUUGUACAGAACACCUUUAUAUUUAUAUUUAAGAAAUAAUAAUAAAUAAUAAUAAUAAUAAUUGAACUGCUGAUGGUGAAGAAAGCAAAACACACUGUCCUUCUCUGAUGGCUUACGGUGACAAGCUACUGGAUCUUCUACAUCAAUGCAAAAUACAUGAAAGCAUUAGAAAAAAGUGUAAGAAACAAAGAGAAUGAAAUAAUAAUCUUGUAGGAAAAAAUGCAUUUGAGAAAUACUCACCUAGAUUGUGUGUGGUUUUCCCCUCCCCUCAGAUAUCAUUUUGGAAAUGAUGAAACUUCGUUGCAGUUCAACAGUAAAAACAGAAAGAAGAGAAAAUAAAUAAGGACCAUAUUAAAUACCUAUAUGGACUGGGAAUGAAUCCAAUUGCAAAAUAUAAAACCUUUGUAAUUCUAUAUAGAGUUUAAACAGAAGUCAUGUAUAUUUAAUUUAUUUUGUUAAACAAGAAAAAAAGUGUAUGAUAUUUUCCUCGAAACAGGCAUUUCUAUACGUAUUUUUGAUCAAAGAAAAUAAAGAUUUUUUUUUUUCAGGUUCUGUAGAUGCCAUGCUCAGAGUAUGCUCGAUGUAGCUUGUGACCAGCUGUACUUCUCCUAACCUGGUGAUCACCUGUCUCUAUGCCUUUGUACACUAACCAUAUGUAAUCUCCUAUCACCUCAGGUACUGUUGGUACCAUCCUUUCCAUCAGAAACUCACCUUUUUCACUGCUUAUAUUCUGACUGGGAGGGUCUGCAGUGGCCAGGUCACUUCUCAUGGGCACCGUUCAUCUUCAGUAGCAGAGCUCUAUGCUCACACUAUGCAUUUUUGGGGGGGUUGGGGAGGAGGUUUCAUUAAGUUUUUAAGCACAAAUCUGCAAUGGGUCUUCUUCUUAAAAGAAAGUCUUGCAAAUCAAAAUAUAACAAUUUGUUGGGCUGUAGAAGGAACUUUGGCCUCAGGGUGCCUGGAAGGGGAAAUCAUGAAAUGUAGGUGAAACAAUUAAUUUGUAAGUGCAGCUGCUGCAGGACCCAGUGGAGGGUGAGCUGGGAGCAGUGAGAAGAGCUCCUCCCCUCCAGUGGGGCUUGAACCUUCAUUCUUUUGCACACCAACAAGAGGCACCCAACUCCUCAGCAGUCAAAAUUUUCUUUAGAGAAGGCAGCUUCGGCAAUGCUGAAAUUGUUUGCUCUUCUCUUGAGUUUCGUUUAAAAUGUGCUG